AUGACAACGAUGACCCGCCAGUACCCUGCCUUCUCCGACCUGCCCCUUACGCCCGGGCCACGUGGGAAUGCCUGGUCUCUCUGGGGUGCCCAUGACGAGCUCGGCACCCUCAACCACCUCACGCCUGAGCGUGUGGCCGCCGCGGCGCAAUCACAGAUUCGCAAUGGUGAGCGCAUUGGCCUCAAUUGGACGAUGCGCGGCGCCGAAUUUCCGCGCUUUCAGCAUCCCAGGCGGAGUUUUCAGGUAAAGUUGGUGAACAAGGCGAAGGAAGGGAAGGGCGCUGUGGCGUGUGAUGAUGAGUGGACCUUCAACACUCAGAUAAGUAGUCAGUGGGAUGGCUGUAGACAUUAUGCCUAUCAGGAGGAGAGGCUUUUUUAUAUGGGAAGGACGGCGGAAGAGUUUGAGAAGGACGACACGCCCGGUGGGGUUCAGCAUAUGGCCAAGAGAGGAAUUGCUGGGAAGGCCCUCCUGGUAGACUGGUGGACUUGGAAGGUGAGGGCAUUGAACAAGGAGGGCAAGACUGAGCAGGAAGUGGACGCAUUCAGUGCGUAUGCGAUUCCGUGGGAGGAGCUGGUGAUGGCGGCGGAAGAGCAAGGAAGUCCCUUGGAAAAGAUGGACCCGGGGGAUGUGCUGAUUGUGAGGUCUGGGUUCCUGGCGCAGUAUGAGACAAUGGAGGACACGAAGAGGAGGAGACUGGACGAGUUGUAUGAGCAUACGAAGCCGUCAAAUAUCGGUGUGAGGGCAUGUCCGGAGCUGCUGCAAUUCUUGUGGGACAAGCAGAUUGCGGCCGUGGCAGGUGAUUCCAGGUCGUUUGAGAGGUGGCCUUGUCCAGCGGAGGACCAAAAUUGGCAUUUGCACCAGUGGCUUCUGGCCGGCUGGGCAAUGCCAAUCGGUGAGCUAUGGGACCUCGAGACGUUGAGUGAAAUGUGCGAGAAGCACAAGAGGUGGACGUUCUUCCUGAGCAGCGCGCCGAUGAAUGUGCCGGGUGGAGUAGCGAGUCCUCCCAACGCAUUGGCAUUCUUCUAG